UCCCUAUACUCCUUUGGAAGGAGCUCACUAUGACAGGGCAGAGUCUGAAGGCUUUAUCCGAAGCAAAUUUUGAAGACAAUGAGAUCAGCAUCAACGUUGGAGGCUUUAAGAAAAAGAUGAGAUCCAACACAUUAUUAAGGUUCCCGGAGACCAGGCUGGGCAAACUGCUGAGCUGCCACUCAAAGGAGUCAAUCCUGGAGCUCUGCGAUGACUAUGAUGACGCCAAGAAUGAAUUUUAUUUUGACAGGAACCCAGAGCUCUUUCCUUACGUGCUACAUUUUUAUAACACCGGCAAGCUGCAUGUGAUGGGUGAACUCUGUGUGUUUUCUUUCAGCCAGGAGAUUGAAUACUGGGGAAUCAAUGAAUUCUUUAUAGACUCCUGCUGCAGUUAUAGCUACCAUGGGAGGAAAAUGGAGCCAGACCAAGAGAAAUGGGAGGAACAAAGUGACCAGGAAAGUACCACAUCUUCUUUUGAUGAGAUUUUGGCAUUCUACAAUGAUGCCUCUAAAUUUGACAAACAACCCUUUGGAAACAUCAGGAGGCAGCUCUGGCUCGCUUUGGAUAAUCCUGGGUACUCAGUCUUAAGCCGAGUCUUCAGUGUCCUUUCAAUAUUGGUGGUGCUGGGCUCCAUCGUGACCAUGUGCUUGAACAGCCUCCCAGACUUUCAGAUUGUUGACAGCAACGGGAACCCCGAAGAAGACCCUCGCUUUGAAAUCGUGGAACAUUUUGGUAUUGCAUGGUUCACUUUUGAACUGGUGGCAAGAUUUGCAGUAGCUCCUGACUUUUUAAAAUUUUUCAAGCAUGCCCUGAAUUUGAUUGACCUGAUGUCUAUCCUUCCAUUUUAUAUUACCUUAAUUGUCAACUUGGUGGUGGAAAGCAGUCCAACUUUAGCCAAUUUAGGCAGGGUUGCACAAGUCCUGAGACUCAUGAGGAUCUUUCGCAUCUUAAAGCUUGCUAGACACUCCACAGGUCUCAGGUCUCUUGGAGCUACCCUGAAGUACAGCUACAGAGAGGUGGGGCUUCUUUUACUCUACCUCUCUGUUGGCAUCUCCAUUUUCUCAGUAGUGGCUUACACCAUUGAGAAAGAAGAGAAUGAGGGGCUAGCCACCAUCCCUGCGUGUUGGUGGUGGGCCACUGUUAGCAUGACCACAGUUGGCUACGGGGAUGUUGUGCCAGGGAGCACUGCUGGCAAGUUGACAGCAUCUGCAUGCAUCCUAGCCGGUAUCCUAGUGGUAGUGCUCCCCAUUACACUGAUCUUCAAUAAAUUCUCCCACUUUUAUAGGCGUCAGAAGCAGCUAGAGAGUGCCAUGAGAAGCUGUGAUUUUGGGGAUGGCAUGAAAGAAGUUCCGUCAGUCAACUUAAGGGACUACUACGCUUAUAAAGUUAAAUCCCUUAUGGCCAGUCUUACCAAUAUGAGCCGGAGUACCCCCAGUGAGCUGAGCCUGAAUGAUUCACUGCAUUAGUGUACAAGUUUGACAGCAGUUUGCAUGAGAGCUAUCAAGAGCUAUGUUUAUAAAUGUUUUCCUAUUUGUCAUUUUUUUCCCUAGAGGAUAGUGUUGCUGACACUGCACUAACUUUGCACUUGAGAAACUAAAGACAUUUCUAUUACAAGUUGACAGUUUGCACAUUUUCAUCCUGUUGCAUAGGUACUAAAUGCUGACUUUUCCAUACAAAUGUUACCACUUCCAUGACAAUAGUGCUAACGGUAUAGUGAUGAUCUGUUGCUUUGUGCAUUUCCUCAUCUAAGCAGAGAAAUGAACGUACCCAAGUGGAAUAAAAAUUCUCAGCUAUGACACGAGUAAUGAAAAAA